GGCUCUUUCAAUGUCAUCUGAUUUAUUACUAGGUGAUUUUAAUUUAUUUUGAACGUGUUUACUGUGACAGGUACAUAUUCCAUGUCUCCUCAGCUUGACCUUGAACAAGAGGAAAGAUGGCAUCAUGCAAAGGGAAGUUCCGACUAAAGUCUGAGGUUCCUGAGAAGAAAGAGGAAUGUGAAUAUGUGACACCCACUAACUAUGAGCUGGAGAAGCUGUUGACCCGUGGCAGUGUUGCCUACACACACGUGAACGAAGUCUGGCCCAGCGUCUUCAUAGGUGACGAAGAGACAGCGCGGGACCGUUUCGGACUACAGAAGUUGGGCGUGACUCACGUACUGAACGCAGCUGAGGGUCUAAGGAACAGCGUGUGUACCGGAGCGAGUUACUAUAGCGACCUGAACAUGGAGUACCAUGGCAUCGAGGCGGAGGACGUACCCUCCUUCAACAUCAGUGUGCACUUCUUCACUGCAGCUGACUAUAUGAGACACGUCCUGACCAACACACAAAACAAACUCCUAGUGCACUGUGUAAUGGGACGCAGCCGCUCGGCCACUCUGGUCCUGGCGUACCUGAUGAUUGAGGAGAAGAUGACGCUGGUGGAGGCCAUAGAACAGGUGAAGAGGCGCAGGAGGAUCCUCCCGAACUGGGGCUUCCUGAAGCAGCUGAAGGAGCUGGACAGCUUCCUGCAGGAGCAGAGACGUGAACACACCAACACUUCUGCGGCUGAGGGGACUGGGAGCACUGGAAGAACUGGGCCUGUACCACAACUGAUAGGACAACUUGAUAACAAGCCAGGUCUUUUUGUCCAGUAUUAGUUCCAGUGUCCAAAAAUGUUCUUUUCAAUGAGCUGAAACAAAUUUUAACACCCUCCUUCAACCUUUCCCAAAGAGUGAAGGCUGUUAUAGGCACAAAAGGAGGGAGUGGAUUAUAUAAUAAUGUAAAUGGUUUUGGAAUGGCAUGUCCAACAUGUUUAUAGUGAGAUCUGUAUAGUUUACGCUUUCAGACAUUUAGGUUUCAUGAUUAGCUAUUGAUUGUAGCUUUUUUAAUGUAUUUUAUUAUACUGUAAUUUCAUUUGCAAGUUUUAUUAUUUAUCCUGGGCUAUUUUUUUUUUUUUUUUUUUUGUAUAUAUGCAAAUUUUACUAGCAUGCUAUAGUUUGUACACUGUCUGCUUAGUGUUUUGUGUACUGUAUUGUCUGUAUAUUGUACAUCGAGAGCCACCAACAGUCAAAAAACAAAUUUCUCAUACAUGCAAACAUACUGAGGUUCAGCAUGUACUCU